GCUAUAUGGAAAAACUCCUUAAGACUUGAAAAUGUUACAAGUGACAUGAUAAUUUAGCCAGUUCCUCUGAAUGAUGGAUUACCAGAAGAUUGGAAAUGGUUUGCAAGUGGCUGGUAUAGGGGCACCUGCACUCCACAUGGUGGGGUAUUUGGGAAAAGACUCAAAGUCUGCUGAAAUAAUCCCAGGUGGACACUGCCCCCUUUGCAAAAAGAAAGGUCUGAUGCAGGUUUUACAAACAUAUCGCAUCAAUUUUCAAGAGUCUGUUCUCUUUUGUGAAAAUCCUCAGUGCAUCUACCCUCUGGGAUUUGGAUCGCUAAGUAACAUUAUAGUUCCUAUUGAUCCAAAAGAUUAUUCAUCUCAGGUCACUUGCAGGAAAAGAAAGUUCUUUGAAACAAGCUUGGUAACCACUCCUAAAUCUGCCUCAAAACCUGAUCUUGCUCCCAGGUAUAAUGGAGAGAAUCUGUUUGGAACUCAUUCAAGACAACCUGAUUUUUCAUCAGCCACUCAGCCUAAUUUUAAUAAUGCAACGGAAUCUGCACAGCAGGAAAUGGAAGCGCAAGAACAUUCACCAGAUACAUUAAUUGUGCAGAAACAGGUGUUAUCAAAUUCUGAACCUUGUUCAUCGGUGUCUAAAAUUUUGCAUCAAGGCAACACGUUCCUGUCAGAGCCCAGGUGGCUUCAGUGGAGGAAUGUACAUGCUCUCUGCUGGUUAGAUUGCAUUCUGUCAGUACUAGUGCAUUUAGAAACACUGAAAAUAAUUUUGACAAGAUCUGUCUCAGAAAAUUUAUCAGUAAUCCACAGACUGCUCGCAGUGUACAACCAAGCAACUGCACUUGUGAAUAAUUGCCAAAGAGGUGAACUCAUUUCAGAGGCUCCUGGAGAUGUUCUGUCAAGAGCUGAAUCGCACCUUAAUGAAAUCAGAAAUACAGUUUUUGAACAACUUCAGCCUCGACUUAAAUGUACAUUGGGUAAGGAGGAAACCCCAGUAUUUGCGUUCCCACUACUUUUACAGAAUGAUCCUCAAAUAGAGAAACUCUUUCUUCAUUCAUUUUCAUGGAAGUUUGAAUGUUUACAGUGUGGCCACCAAGUCAAUGACAGGUGUCAGAAGACCUUAACAACGUUUACAAAUAUAAUCCCAGAAUGGCAUCCGUUGAAUGCUGUUCAUGUUGCUCCUUGCAAUAACUGUAAUCACAGAACUCAGAGAAGAAAAAUGGUUCUGGAAAAGAUCCCCUCAGUACUUAUGAUGCACUUUGUCGAAGGCUUGCCUCAUAAUGACCUGAUGACCUAUUCAUUUCAGUUUGAAGAGGAUUCAUAUCGGAUAACAGCUGUGCUUCAGUAUCUGCAGAAGUCAAAGCACUUUGUGGCGUGGAUCUUUAACUCAGAUGGAACAUGGCUUGAGUGUGAUGACUUAAAGGGUUCUUACUGCAGUAAACAUGAAAGAUUUGGAGUGCCUCCCUCUGAAGUUCACAUUGUCAUCUGGGAAAGAAAGCCACCACAAGUGACAAAGGAACUGAAUUUGCAGUUGCAAAAAGGUGGAGCUAGGGAAGUUCCCCUUCAGAAAGCAGAGACAAACUCUCCAGGGAAACAACUAGAUGAGGAGGCUACAGAUGAUACUCCUUUACUUUGCCCUAAAGAGGACCUCUCAAAUGCUCAUUUCAGUGACACACAAAAUGUAGUUGGCAAUGACAAAAGUAAUCUGCUUUGGGGGUUUGAAAACCUGAAAGAUGAUGAUGAGAUAACAUUGACUCUUGUAAACAUUACACUUGACUCCAACGGUAAAUCACUGGAAGACACCAGUGUAACAGAGAGCUGCCCAGUAGCUGAAAUGUUGCAGCAGCAGGAUCCAGGUAGGGUUUCAGUGUCUCCGUUGUCAGAAAAUCCCCGUGCUUCCUUGCAUGGAGGACGACCAAACAAUGCAAGUACAUUUGUUAUGCCAGCACUUUCUCCAAGCAAUUACUCACCAAAAACCUUACCAGUACAAACAACAUUAGCUCAGAAUAACGCAAAUCCUGUUCAAGCGAGCAGUGGCUCGGGCCGAGAAAAGCUACGGAGCAAUAUCAGCAGAACAACAUCACUGACUAGUGCACAGGAAACACCUAAUGCUCUGCAGCAUACAAGAGUAGUGACAGCCAAUUCCCAGAUUGCUGCUCCAAAGCGUUCCUCAUGGUUACCCAGUCAGAAAAAAACAAAACCAUUUAUAACAAGUUGGGUGAAGGGUCUCCAUGAACAAAAUCCUUUUAUGCCUAAAAGUUUCUUAACUAAUAAUAGAACAGAGAGUUCUCAAAAGCCUCUGCAGAAAGAAAUUAUAGCAAACCCACUAAUUAAGGGGCCAUCCCACUUUGGUGGCUUCUUACCUAAGCAUUCGGAAAGAAAGCUUAAGAAGUUAGAAAAGAGAGCAUUUCCUUCAUUACCCUCUGCCAGUUCCCUUGUUGCAAGCCACCCUAUAGAGAAACAAACCUUUCGAGGUGAAGGAACUGUAAGCAAGAUCCCAGUUACUUCUAUGUUGGAUAAACAGGUUCAGCCCAAACAAAAUCACAGUGGGAAUAAAAACUUGACAGCAGCGGAGAAUGGUGAGAAGUCAAACUCUUACACAGCACGUCAGUUGCGUAUCCAGUUUCGUAAACUGUGUAAAAAUAAGAAGCUUGCUUUGCUGGAGAAGCCGGUAAACACCCAGGUGCGAAACAAAAGUUCUCCCAAGAAAAGCAUGAAGGAGCAGUCACAGCUUGGAUCCCAGGAGGAAAACUAUUCUCUGCAGAACUUGUUAAGGGAGCUGCAGCACCACAUUGAGGCUGAAGAUGGCAAAUCUGUGAUAUCUCCGGACACCACUACGUCCCAGUGCAGCAGCGAUGAUAUUAUAUCUGAGCUGCUUUCUCCUGCUACCACUCUUGCUUCUCCAGAGCUUCCAGCAGAAGAAGAAUGUAAAUAUCUAGAAAUGGGUGUUUGCACGAUAGAAUCUCCAGUAUCUAGCGAGAAAGCUGAGUGUGCAGAGUACUUAAACCACAAUUACUACAUUCCUGAAAAGGAAGGUUUACGUGGGGGUCCUCCAGAUAUCCUGGUAAACGAAUCACCCAUGAAUAAAUUUUACUUCGAGAGUCCAACAAAACAUGAUAUUCUCAAAGAGUUCCCCAGUUCAGAGCUGAAUUCAAUAAUAGAUAGUGAUGAAGUUAUACAUCAUUUUGAUGAAAGUCUGUUAAUUUAGUGAAUUGUGUUUUAACAAUUUCAGAUUUUCCCAUUAAUUGGCUUUGAA